CCGCCCUUCUGGUCCAUGACGUGUCUCCGACGUGGCACUCACAUUUUUUUAUGCCUCUGGAUGCUGAUGAUCACCAAGACCUCGAAUCGAUUAACGAAAAUUUGUCUCUCCCUGUGAUCCGAUGUGGGUGGCUACCGUACAACACAAACCUCUCGGUCCGGUUCCGGCGAUAACAACCGCUCCCCGAAACCCGAAAUUUCCCAGUUCUCUUCUCAAACCACCAGGAACGUUUCGUUUUGAUAUUCGUUUUCGGGUCAGUAAGUCGAAAGUUUGGGUGGCAAAGAAGCAGCUCACCGAGCUGGAAACUCGGGAACCAGAGAGUGAAGAACUAUUGGUAAGAGAAAAAAAUGGUGAAAGUUUUGAUUUUGGAUGGCUACCUGCUUUUCCUCACGUUUUGCUCGCUUCUAUGUCCAAUUUUCUAUUUGGGUAUCACAUUGGAGUAAUGAAUGGUCCUAUUGUCUCUAUUGCACGGGAACUUGGUUUUGAGGGAAACUCAAUCCUUGAGGGACUUGUGGUUAGCAUAUUUAUUGCUGGUGCCUUUGUUGGAAGCAUAAGUGCUGGUUCGUUGGUUGAUAAACUUGGUUGUCGUCGCACUUUUCAAAUCGACACAAUACCCUUGAUUCUUGGUGCCAUAUUAAGUGCGCAAGCCCACUCCUUGGAUGAAAUGCUUUUGGGAAGGUUUCUUGUUGGCCUUGGUAUAGGCGUGAACACAGUUCUUGUACCAAUUUAUAUAUCUGAGGUUGCUCCUACAAAAUAUAGAGGUUCACUAGGAACCUUAUGUCAAAUUGGCACAUGCCUUGGGAUUAUUGCGUCUCUUUUUUUGGGAAUUCCCUCUGACAAUGAUCCACAUUGGUGGAGGAUGAUACUGUACAUUGCAAGUGUUCCUGGAUUUAUUCUUAUAUUUGGUAUGCAGUAUGCGGUAGACAGCCCCCGCUGGCUUUGUAAAGCUGGGAGAUUCGAUGAUGCUAAAGCAGUUAUUAAUGAUCUUUGGGGAUCAUCUGAAGUUGAAAAAGCAAUUCAAGAAUUCCAGUCAGUCAGCAAGAAUGACGGAAGUGAUUUGAAUAGCCGAUGGCUUGAACUCCUGGAAGAGCCACACUCUAGAGUUGCAUUUAUUGGAGGUGCCCUAUUUGUACUUCAACAGUUUGCAGGCAUAAAUGGAGUUCUUUAUUUCUCAUCAUUGACCUUUCAAGAUGUUGGAGUUACAAAUGGUUCUUUAGCAAGCUUGAUCAUUGGACUUACCAACCUUGCAGGUGCACUUUGUGCUUUAUACUUGAUUGAUAACCAAGGAAGACAGAAGCUCUUGAUUGGAAGCUACUUAGGAAUGGCAGUUUCAAUGUUUCUUGUAGUGUACGCAAACAGUUUUCCUUUGGAUGAACAGUUCAGUCACAACUUAUCAAUACUAGGAACUGUACUGUACAUAUUUACCUUCGCAAUUGGAGCCGGCCCAGUUACUGGUCUCAUUAUACCAGAGCUUAGCAGCACUAGGACGCGUGGGAAGAUAAUGGGAUUCAGUUUUACAGCUCAUUGGGUUUGCAAUUUCUUGGUAGGACUUUUUUUCCUUGACUUGCUGGAAAAAUUUGGAGUUGCUCCAGUUUAUGCUACCUUUGGUGGAGUUUCCUUGUUAGCAGCGAUAUUUGCCAAUUACUUCAUUGUUGAAACUAAAGGGCGCUCUCUUGAGGAAAUUGAAAGGUCACUGAAUUCUAAUUCCCAGGCUGGAGGCAAGUGACAACAAUUCUGAUCAAAGUGAACUACAAAAGAUAAACCCUCAUGCUUAACUGCAUGUAAGAAAAAUCUUAUUUGCUCUAUCAUUUACAUGUUUGAAUAUCUCGUGAAUAGAACAUAAAAUUUUACAUCCUUGCUUCAUUCUUGUUCUCACAACCUUCCAAUGUUGUACAUGAGGUGCUUUACCAUUUUGGUGGUGCUUCAGCCUUCAUGCUUCAAUGAAGCUGUCAAUCCAGUUGAGACUA